CUUCCUUCCUUCCAACGCCCUAAUCACAGGCAAAAACGAUGAAAACUCAAUAUUAGCCAAUAUAAAAAGGGGCCAACACUUGCGGCCUUCUUCUUCGUAUUUGGCCAAGCUUGAGUUGGAGCUUUCAAUGGCGGACUUGGUUUCGUUCUUCUCACUUUCGACUCUCUUCCUGCUGCUUGCUGGGGCGACGAACACAAACAACGGCUCUCUCGCUAUGAAAGCCUACUGGAAUGAGGUCUUCCCUGGCAUCCCCAUUCCCGACGUCAUUCGAGCUCUCUUACCAUCCCCUACUCAGACAUCAGGACUAGUUGGACGUGGUUAUGGCAACGUCGACAUAGUUGUAAAAAGUUCCCGAAGUUGGAUCAGACUUUGGAGUGUAUUGGGCGAUGCCCAUAAUGAUCGUAGUAAUAAUUGGUCACCGAACCUUGCGCCUCUUUAUUUCCUAAGGAAAGACUUGCUGUCUGGUAGUAAGAUGAACGUCACCAUGAUGAUCACCCCCUCCGCAAAUGAAGCUUCUACUGUUGGUGGUGUCAGCUCUGAGCCGACCUUCUUGCCACGCAAACAAGCUCAUGAAAUUCCCUUCUCUACCUCCAACCUCACUACAAUCCUUAAGAUGUUCUCUAUUGAACCCCACUCUCAUCAUGCGUCUCUUACCAGGCAAACGCUUGUUGAUUGCAAAAUGCCUGCACUUAAAGGAGAACUGAAGUACUGUGCAACAUCACUGGAAUCCAUGAUCGAUUUUGUUGUUGCGGAGUUCGGAACCAAUGAAAUUCACGCAGCGAUCACUUCUGUUGUUAACAGAGAGGAGGAGGUGAAGGCCAGGAUUUACAGAGUAGGUGUUGGUGGGGGAGGGUGAUCUCCCAUAAAGCGGUGACUUGCCACAACAUGAUGUUUCCUUAUGCUGUGUUCUACUGCCAUAAUUUGGCAGGAACAAGGGCGUACAUGGUUCCGUUGGUUUCUGAUGAUGGUAGCCGAGUGAACGCCGUUGCUUUGUGCCAUUUUGAUACAUCAAGCUGGAAUCCCGGGCAUGCCAGCUUCCGGCUGUUAGGUGUGAAGCCAGGAACUGUUCCCAUUUGCCACUUCAUUUUAAAGGAUCUCGCCUGGGUCCCCAACUGAUCUGCUCGUCAACAACUUGCCAUCGUCUCUAUUUCAAUGAUUGAGCUUGGGCGUUUAAUGGACGAUCUGAUUUUCAUUC